UAUAAUGACAUCAUUUAACAUCAUUUUAUUUUUUUAAUAGUAUUUACAGCCUACGUAAACAUGUAGGUAGGCUGUAAAUAUAGCAUUUUAACAAUUUUUUUUCAUUUAUCGCCCUUCCUCCAACGAGUCAGCCAAAAUGGCGUUAUUGCUCCGCAAAACAUUAUUUUUCAACCAAAUAAGGACAUUACAUAAGACACCGGUUAAAUUAAGUACACCAAUAACUUUCAAAUCGGAUAUAAAUUAUAAGAAAUUUGAUGAAGUCCGACCCGAAGUGAUGAAAUCCUUAAUGUCUAGUCCUAAGUUCACGAAACAAUUGCCUGAAGUUGAUACCAGGAUUAAAGAGAUGUUAGAUUACACAAUGCACGGAGGAAAACGUAGCACCGGAUUAUCUGUUCCCUUCGGCUAUCAGAUAAUGGAAGAUCCAAAAUACUUCGUAGAAGAAAAACUGCACACAGCACGAUUUCUAGGAUGGUGCUUAGAAAUUUUACAUGCAAACCUACUGACUAUAGACGAUAUAUUGGACGCAAACACGACUCGCCGUGGCCUGACAUGCUGGUACCUACGACCAGAAGUCGGUACAUCGGCGACUAACGACAGCAUGCUCAUAUAUCUAUGUCUGAUGGAAGUCUUGCAAAUUAACUUCGAGAAAGAACCUUAUUAUGUGGAUUUGAUUAAGAUUAUUCAUGAUACAGCCAUGUACACAGGAAUAGGACAAUAUUUAGAGUACUCAUCAAGUUACAGUAAGGAAAAAAAUAAUUUGGAAGUAUUCAACAUGGACCGAUUCAAUACCAUCGUUAUACAAAAAGGUGCCUAUUUCUUCUUCACAAUGCCCUUACUCGUAUCUCUGCUUUUAGUGAAGAACGGAAAAGAAAGAGAUCUUACAGAGCAAAUCAACAUCUGCUUUGAAGUUGGUAAACUUCUACAAUAUCAGAACGACUUCAAAGACGUCUACUGGGACAAAGCUACCUAUGGAAAAGAUGGCACAGAUAUUCAAGAAGGUAAACUCUCCUGGAUUGCCAUAACAGCGCUGGAGCGCUGCAACGAAGCUCAACGUUCUAUUUUCAAAGAAUACUACGGCAGCAAAGACCCUGAACAUGUUAAGCAAAUCAAGCAGCUUUAUGAUGAAUUGCAAAUGGAUAAAAUGUACGCUGAGUUCGAACAUUCUUUUUAUGAAAAUAUGAAACGGCGAAUUUAUACUUUGCCCACUGAAGGAGAGAUACAAUACUUUUUGCAAAUAUUAGAGGUGUGCCGACAGAGAGCUUAUUAAGUUAUCGAUAUAAUAAUAGUGAAUAAUACAAUCGGUGAAUUGAUGCAUUUUGUCAAAUUAAAUUGUUUUGAUUACGCAGUUCAUUUGUGUAUACCACCCAUAAGGCAUCCUAUAGGUAAAUAUGGUUAAGAUUAAUUUAACUGUAGAAUCAUUAAAAACUAAACAUUCAUUUUAGAUUGGACAUAAAA